UUCCCUUUUCGCACCCUAUCCCGCGUUUUCCCAUUGCGGCAUGUGUUGUUUGUUGAUGUAUUUGUAGUUUCCGCAAUACAUUUUCUAGUGCUACACGAUUGUGCGGAAAAUAAAAGUGCGCGUUAGAAAUUAAUUGCGAAGCGCGUAAUCUGUCUAAGUUGCGUUCCGGUGUUGUUGAGAGGGCAAACACGAAAAAAAAGCGUAGUCCCGUGCCGGUCCCUUCGCGCGAUGAGAAAAUGGCUCCCUGCUCGACCACCGAUCAUCAGCACCAAGCAACCGGCCAGCAAUCAGAGCAGGCGAUGGAGGGUGCCGUCAUCUUGGACGGCAGCGCCGAGCCGCCAUUGAGCGCGCUGCUGCCGGUUCAAUGUGCCGGCAACCGCAGCCAUCGCUACAAGUGCGACCACUGCGAGCAAACGUUCAAGCGACGCGACGAGCACGAUCGGCACCGCUUCACGCACACCGGAGUGCACGCCUACCCCUGCCUGGAGCCGGACUGCGGCAAAGCCUACUCGAACCGGUCCCAUCUGCUGCGGCACGUGCGGGCCUGCCAUCUGGAGAGUGCCGGUACCGCCCGGCCCGAGGUCGACUGCAGCCAUCCGAACUGUGCGAUGAAGUUCACCAGCCGGCAGGCGAUGAAGCGCCACUACCAGACGAAGCACGUGCUGGGCAAACCAUACGCGUGCGACGCGUGCGGCGAGCGGUUCUGGCGCAAGCUGCAGCUGAAGCUGCACAAGGUGCGCCACACCGGCGAGUAUCCGCACCGGUGCGAGCACUGCGGCAAGGGGUUCGUGAACGCGCGCACGAUGCGGAGCCACCGGUGCCGGCAGAACGCGCACCGCUGCCCGGACUGUGCGAGCGGGUUCCUGCGCUGGUCCGAGCUGGUGGUGCACCGGCGGCUCGAGCAUCCGACCCAGUACCGGUGCGACCAGUGCGACAAGCAGUUCAGCACGAAGCGCAACCUGAACCUGCACGGCCGGGUCCAUCGGAAGCAGCAGGAAGGCAAGGACGGCGAGGACGGUGAGCAGCAGCAGCAACAGCAGGUGGAGGUGCUGGUGUACGAGUGUCCGUACCCGGGCUGUCCCCGGUUUUACGAGCACGAGCGCAACCUGCACGCGCACGUCCGCUCGAAGCACGAGAGCCGCAAGCGGGAGGAGCUCGCCUGCCCGGUCGCCGACUGUGGCAAGGUGCUGGCGACCAAGCAGAAGCUGGAGCAGCACCGCCGGCUGCAUCUGCGAGCGUCCAAAGCCCGGGCGAGGGCGUCCGCCCGCAAGGAACGGCGCCAGGCGGGCAGUAGCCGGACAGCAGCGGAGACGCCGGCGACGGUCGUGAGCGAGGCGGCCGAGCCGGCAGUGCCGGCCGGCGAGCCGUUCCGCCCGGCCGACGUGACCACCGACUCGGAGGUGGAGGGUGCCGGCCACAUGCUCGAGGAUUUGCUCGACAAGCACGUGCAGCACCUGUGCAGCCAGCUCGACACGCUGCGGUCGAAUUUGGCCCCAAUGUAAGCCCGUGUACAGUGUACAGUGGUUAGGUUUAGGUAGCGUUUUAGGUUGGAAAAAGUUUUGAAACAAACGGGCUCGUGUUUUUUUUAUUUGUUUUGCAGCACAGGAAUAUCUUUUAUAGUCAUGUAAGGUAGAAUUUUCUUUUUUAUUUUAUUUGCAGGGGGAAUUUUUUUUUAUUUCUGUACAGUUCGCAUCUGUACACACCCACACACAUCACAUGCUUUAAGUUAUUAUUACAGUGUUAAGGUGCGUGUGUGUUUAGUAUUAUUAAUAUUUUGUGUAUUUAAAAUGAAUUGCAAGCUUUGUAUAGAACCGACAGAGCGAGAGAGGGAAUUAAUUAUUAAUAAGUGAGCUAUCAUUAUUGUGCAUUUAAAUAGCAAUAUAGCGUGUUUAUUGAAAUAUUUACCCAGAGGUCUGUCCUGUGUGAUCUAUUUAUUUUUAUUAAUGUUCGUUUGUUCGUUGAGCCAUCGUUUUGGGCCUGCAUUACAGGGUUUUCUAUGAGUUCUCAUAGUUGUGCGGCACUUCCUAGACCCUUUCUUAUGGGAAGUGAACUUCAUAUGAAGGGAAUUGGACUCUAUGGCAACCGUUUUGGACAAACUCCUUGGAAUUUCCGUUUGGAUUUGUCCAACAAGGGUGCUAUAGAGUUCAAUUACCAUUACGUUAAGUUCAUUUCCAGUAAGAAGGAGGCAACAACGUGUCCCACAGGAAUGAGAACUCCUGAAAAACCCUGUAUUGCAUCAGAUUGCACAAAUACUUCUAACAUCUGGCAAAAUCGUAAACAUCGGUAAAAGACAAGGUUUUCAAGAUGAAUAUUAUUUUCAUUCAGUCUUGUUUGAAAGAGCACUCUGGAGUGAAUGACUACCAGGCUUAUUCUGUUCUUUUACUGGAUUCGAGUCGAGUAGAAAAAAAUUGACACGAUUGUUCUUUGAAAUUUGCUUAUUAUUUUAGAAGUCUACUUGGAAAAAUCAAUCGAGAAGGACACCCAAAAAGCAAGACCAGCUCUCGGCGACGUCUUUAUAAGACGCUUAAAAAAUUAGAAUGUUUGUCAAAAAACAAGGGAAUUUCCUGAUUUCCAUUUUCCAUUC